CCGCCGGAGCAGCUGCCGGGACGGGGUUGCGGCACAGAGGCACCAUCCCAGGACUCUUGUGGAGCCCACGAGCUGCUUACAGGAGCUGAAGGUAUCCCAAGGGACCUUCGCAGAGCAAGCAGCCUACUCAGGAGCCGACAUGCAGCAGAAGAUCAGCUCUUUCUUCAAUUCCAUCUUGGAGCUCAUCCGCACCAAGCAUGAGGAAGGCAUCUUCAACACCGUCUGCCUGGCCGUGCUGCUGGGCCUGCCCUUGGUCGUCCUCAUCGCAUUCAUCUUCAUCUGCUGCCACUGCUGCUUCUGCAGACGGAGGAGAGAAGGCUCGAGGAAAGGUGGCCCCAGCAGCAACGGGCAGCUGCACGCCGAGAGGAACAAGAAGAAAAAGAAGAAGAAGAAGAAGCAGGAUGAAGAGGACCUGUGGAUCUCGGCUCAGCCCAAGCUGCUCUUGCUGGACAAGAGACCCUCCCUGCCCAUCUAGCAGACAGGAGGGUGUUCAGGCCUUCUCCUCUGAGAUGCCACCAGUCCUUACAGCUGUGCACCAGGAGGGGCGGGGAGAUGCCAAAGCUGCUGCCACUUUGUGGUGACUUUCGACAGAGGCUGAGCCCAGCGUGUUGAAGGGCCAGCAGAGAGAGCAAGGCAGUCGGGCACAGGUUAUACAAGCCCCUUCUCCUCUACCCUGACACCGUGCCCAGGGGCAGAGACCCCUGCAAAGGACAGGUGAGCAUGCAAGGGUGACCUGCUACAGGCCCUACGUGCCUCCUGCCACGAGCACAGUGCACACUCACUGGGCUGGCACCCAGGGAACGGGGGGAAGGCUCUCCCUCUGUACUCCUAUGCAAGCACAGGCACCGUGGCACAGACAGAGGUGCGCAGGACAACGUGCACCCAAAGACCACCUGCACGCUCCCCCUGCUCAAACAUGGACAGCCACGAGUGAAGCAGGCACAGAUACGCCUCCUUUGCUUGCCCUGCUGUGGGGAUGGCACAGCUUGACUGUCUGGGCUCUGUCCAAACCCAGCUCGCUUUGGAGAUGCAAAGAGAGCCGAGCGCCGAGUUACCCCACAGCUCAAAGAUGUGCCAUCUCCCUGGCUACCCAACCAAAGGCACCUGAGAGCAUCUGAAGCCAGAUGCCCUCAGCCCAACUUAGAGACCUCACGACACCAUCCUAAGGCAGCACAGCAGAAGGAUGCCUGGCCACCCAGGCUAGAGGCAGGGAGGAGAGAGGAGGCUGCCAGACCAGCCCUUUUGCACCAGCACUUAAAAAAACCCCUUCCUUGAAAAACUGUUUUAUACAAACUUGCCAUUAAAGAGCCCACCACGCUACUGCAAGAGCCGAAACACAAGCUGAGGCUGUGUAAAAGCUUAGCUACGGGCAUUAGAGUUAUUUAUUGAAUGACUACUAAAGAAGAGCAGGACCAAAGGCCCCUCUGGAGCAGGGCCGGGCACACCGAAGCGGUAUUGAAGCAGCAGACACGCUGUCCUGGCACACUCAGCCGUCCCCUCUCCCUGCAGCCCUUGUGCCACGCAGGAGACACACACAGACCCACGAGCUGAUGCCAUGUGGGCACCUCUGUGUGCCACACUGAGGGCUUCCCUACAGCUGUCAGGCUGGACAGCUCUGGGAUUUGGAAUGUGUUGUAGGAGCAAAGUAAACUCCAUGUCCACAGUCAUCCCUUACCCAGGGAUGCAUCAUACAGCUGGACCCUGCACCCCUGUCCAUCCUCAUGUCCCUUGGAACAAUGGCUCAGCAGGGCACAGCAGCUAAUGGAACCACCCACAGCUCUCACCCCUGCUGGGGUUUUGUCACUGCUCCUCUAGACUCGUGUGCCCACCCGUGGGCUGGGAGUCUCCUGUGUCUUUCCCCUCCACCAGUCUCUGUCUCCCCCAGCUUGUUUGGCCAGCGAGAGAUGCGUGUGUGUGACGAGAAGCCUCACCACAUCUGUUUUUUGCCCUGUCUGUACACUGGAUGCCUUCCUUCCGUUUCCUUUCAGUUCCUAAGCUGCUGGAGCAGAGCAGAGCUGCCAGGCAGAGCCAGACAUCUGGGGAACGAGCAGCCAAACCCACGUGGGCAAGCCCGGACGGAGCUGCCGGACACAACCGCUUCCAGCCCAGGCAAGGGCCACCUUCCCCUGGCCCAGGGGACAAAGCCACCGCCUGGAAGCGGCUGCUUGUGCCACCCAGUCCCAGCACAGCCUGUUUUGUCCGACGCAGGCAGGGCCGGGAUGGCCACAUCACGUCACGGGGUUUGGCUGCGUGUGGCUGUGCUGGGAACAGCCUCCUCCUCGCACAGCCCUUUAAAUUGACCCCAUAUGUGCCUUAUUUUCCAGCUUGCUUUGUUACCAUUGAAAUUAGCAAGUCCCUUCUUCUCCAAAACAGGAAGCAACGUAUAAUGGUAUAAAAAAUUAGGAUUUGCCACAUGUAAUCCUAGGAUUACACGCGGGAAUGGCUCUGGUCUCUGUCCCAAACACCCAGUCCAGCCAGGAUCCUGGAGAAUUAGCACUGCGCUCAUAUUGGUUUUCCUUCCCUCCUUUCCCCCAGCCAGGUACUGCCUCCGUGCUCAGCGGGUGGCCAAAGCAGCCUCCUCCUGUGGGCAGGAAUGCUGCCCAUGCAGGUGCUCCUGCUGCGAUCCAGAGGCACGAGCAGCCCUGGAGGCAGGGUGGUGCUGCCUGGAGGAACUGAAAAAAAAAUCAGAGUAAAGGGAAACACCAUGGGUGGCCAGAAGUUUCCCAAACAAGCAGGGGCAUGGAGGCAGCCAGCACUGGCAGAGCACAGCCUACCUGGUGUGGAGGUGCUGGGCUUUUCAGGGCUCCCUGCAGCAAGGUCCUUCUCCAGAAGGGAUAGCGGGUAACAUUUCAGGCGAGGGCAACCAAUUCCUACAAGAACCAGAGAACUGCCAAGAAAAUGUGUUACAUCACACACAUCUCCAGAUCCAGGCUUUGGGGAGUUCAGAGCCAGGUCUGAAUUUCAAGAGCUCCCCAAAAUCAUCACUCAAACCACCACCAGGCUGGGCAGGGAGGGACCAGGAUACAACCUUGACCUGAUCCACCUGACCAGUGGAUGGUCCAAGCCUCCCCACCCAAAAAAAGCACUGGGGCUUGCUCCAGAGGUGCACGGUAGACAAACUCUGCUGUACAGCCCCCACUCUCCAGACACCUCCACCCUGCCUCCCACAACUGCAUUUCAGUAUCAGCCUUCAAGUUGCCUAAACAAGUCCGUGCAACAGGGGGGGAACAACAAAACGAGUUUUGUGCAAUUUUUUUUUUUUAA